UCCCCGCGGAGGGACAGGGCGCGGGCUGUUGCAGGAUAAAAAUAGGAAUACAAUCAAAAAUGGAAAAUAUACAAGUACAGAACACACAAUGUGAGAUGAAGACAGAUCUGAAUUUACUGCUUGAAUGUCUUAAAUACCAAAUGGACAGCCCUGCUUCUCAAAAAGAGGCCUUGAUCACUAUUUAUUCAAUCUGCCAACAAAACAGUGAUGCAAGUGAUUAUUUCCGAGAGAUUGGUGGUUUGAUGUUUGUAAGUGACCUUGCAAAGUCAAGUGUGCACUGCAUAGUAAAGGAAGCAGCCUUAUUUACAUUAGCGGUUGUAAUGGAGAGUAAUGUUUACUGUCAACAAACUUUGUGUACAUCUGAAUUGUUUGAAGACCUCAUUUUCCUCUUAACUAAUAAGAAUUCUAGUGUGAAUUUGAAAAGAAUGUCUGUUUAUGUUAUAUUAGUACUGGUUUCAAAUAACAAGAGUGGGCAAACUCACAUCAGAGAAACAGGCUGCAUUGGUGUUCUGCUACAAUUAUUCAGAACAACUCUUUCAAUAUCUGAGGUGAAUUUGUCAGAUGAAAAUGUUAAUCAGUAUUAUCAGCUGUGGUCUUCAGUCUGCAGUACUCUGUGUGCAUGUGUUAAUAAUCCUCAAAAUGAAGACAAUCAAAACACUUGCUGUUCAGUUUUUCCACAUGCAAAAGACUGGCUCCAAAGUUGCAUAAAGCCUGAGAUAGUUCGUCCUAUUUGUUCAUUUGUUGGACUUACAGUUGCUAAUAAUUCAUAUGUACAGGAAUACUUUGUUUCUGUUGGUGGAUUAGACGUAUUAGCUGAAAUACUUAUCAAGCUGGUCCGUGAUUCAUCUAGAAGUUAUUCAAGCGCAAAACUUGCAGUAGUGGUAACAAAGACUCUAGAUGCUUGCAUUGCUGAUAACUCUGCUGUUGGUGAUGUCCUGGUAAAGUAUCACAUUGUAUCUAAGCUACUGAGGUUGCUGACUUCUGACAGUCUGGAUUCAGGAGAAAAAAUUAGUAUUAUUCUUACAAUUGGGCAUUGCACAGAAGGUUGUGAAGAAAAUCAGUAUGAUCUGCUUAAGAACAAUGGCCUUCCAUUUAUGAUUCAGUUAUUAACAGAGUCUCAAGAUGAAGAAGUAAACAAAGCUGCAACUUUUGUGCUGCAAAAUUGCAAGCAAAUUAAACAGUUGAAAAUGGAUCUACAGAUUAAAGAGAGGAAUCUAGAGGACUACUGGAAGAAAGUAAAAGAAAUUUUACACAGAAUAGAACUUCUUGAAAAAGAGCAUGAUGAGGAAACAGUAAGAAGACAAAUAUUUGUUGAUAUACCUCAGGAAGCAGUUAUGCAAACGACAUCAAAAUACCAUAAAAUGAAUGCCAGUGACAAAAAAGUAAACACUGAAAGAACACAUACAAAAAUGCAGUGUUCACAGCUAAAUUGUAAGUCUGAUGAUUUGGUUGGUACUACAUCUGCAAAUAAUCAGUCAUCGAAAAAUGGAAUAUUAAAGACCGUGAAUCUAGUAGAUGCUUCUACCAGAGAGAGUGAGCAAAAUGUUACUCUGCAUUCAGCUGAUAAACCACACGCAGGUAGUGUACAAAAAAGUCAUACUACAAAUGAACGAACUGCUUGUGAGAAGAAACAGUCGAUUCCUCAAGCAAGUGAACACUUGUUUAAACAGCCAUCACUGACUGUUCAAAAUCUGAAACAGGCACAAGUAACAGGAUGUAUAACAGUAGGACUGCCUUUCAAUAGCAGAAAUUUUAGCAAGAUCUUGCAUACUUGUCCACAUCAGUGUGAUCGUCACAAAGUCAUUCUGGAAGCUGAAGAGAGAUAUAAAAGGGGACUAAGAAAAUCGGUUAUCUGUAAUAACAGUAGUUCUGAGGCUUUUAAGAAAAUACUGUUGACCCCAGCUAAGAAAGGAAGACUGAAUACAGAGUCGUCAACCUUCAAGAGCAGAAAAAAUCUUGAGGAAAACUUCCAAAGUAUUCGUUUGACUCCUAUGAAGAAAACCCAAAGUAGUAUUUCAAAUAUAGAUGACAACUUCAACAAAAAUAUUAAUUUCCAAGAAAAAUAUAACUUAAUACCUACAUACACAAAAACUCUCCAAACAAACCAAGACACACACUUGAGGAAACAAACAGUCAAAGAGAGACACUACACAGAAUAUAAAGGCUUGAAUGAGAAAAAUAAAUAUUCAUUUGAUGAAGAUGAGAGCACUGAAAGUCUUUCAUUGGACACACAUGCAAGAGCUUUAAAAAAGAGUAAACGAAGAAUCCGGAAAGAUUUUACAACAGAAGAAGUAAACUAUCUUUUGAGUGGUGUAAGGAAAAUGGGCUAUCACUGGAAUUCAAUUUUGUGGUCCUACCCAUUUCAGAAAGGACGGACAAACGUUGAUCUUGCUAAAAAAUACCACAAGUUACAGACACAUACAAAUGAAAAUAAGGAAGAUCUGUAACAUCUUUCUAAAGUAUUUUUAUAUUCUGCUAAAGAAUUUGGAAGUUUAAAGGACAGAAUUAUAAUGUAAAUGAGUUAGGUAUUGUUAAUAUGCACUCUACAUAUUUCACUCAUGUUUUAUUGUAAUUUGUAUAGGGCUAAGCUCUGAUGUAGACUUAAGUGAAACGUAUUUUGAUAGGUAUUUU